CAGUCCACAGUCAAUUGAUUGGUCACUCGUCGAGAUGUUGUGCCACAGAUUGUCCGGUCUGAUCUUAAUUGCUGCCCUUUUUGCCGCCAUUCUCUGCGGUCAAUUUUCGAGUGGCGCAAUUGUGCCUAACCAGGGUUUUUCCCCUGUCACAUUUGGGAACAAGAGUGCCAAUUCAUCCAGGGUUGGUGUUUGCACCGUUGAAGUGCCAACCAUCGACCUGAUUGCUUUGCCCCAGAGGGACGGGCCAAUACCGAAAGGCAAUGGGACAAGAGAAGGAUUUAGCAAGAUCGAAAUUUGUUGUUCCGGUUAUGAAAGGAUGCCGCACAGUCACUAUGCCUGCGAACCGAUCUGCGAAAACGGUUGCGAGAACGGCAACUGCACAGCGCCCAAUGUCUGUGUCUGCAAAAAGGGAUACAUUAAAGACGGCAGAGGCACUUGUAUUCCCGUGUGUCCAUUAGGAUGUUUGAACGGGGUUUGUUCAACAAAUGGCAUUUGCUCAUGCAACGGUGGCUAUGAAGCCGACCCCAAAGGUCAAUACUGCACCCCGGUUUGUAAGGGUGGAUGCGGUCUCGAGGGAGAAUGUAUAGCUCCGGACACAUGUCUUUGCAAAAAAGGUUACUCCCUCAACCCCACGAGCCAUAAGUGCGAGUACCACUGCGAGGGUGGAUGCGGAGAGGGUAGUUGCAUCGCUCCGAACACUUGCUCCUGCAAACCGGGAUAUGUGACGGUUGGAGGAACGUGCAAGCCAGAUUGUCCCAAGGGUUGCAAGGAUGGGGAAUGUGUUGCUCCGAAUAAAUGCUCUUGCAAAUCAGGUUGGAACUUGGAUAAAUCCGGGUCGGUGUGCGAGGCCCAUUGCAACAAACCGUGUUUGAAUGCCGAUUGCACCGCCCCUGACGUCUGCACCUGCAAGAAGGGAUACACCAAAGCCGGAGGAAGUGAGAACAAGUGCGUUGCCCAUUGUCCAGAGGGAUGCCCGAACGGCCAGUGCGCCUCUCCCAAUUUCUGUAUCUGUAAUCCUGGAUACGUGAAGGAAGCAGGAAAAUGUGUUGUCAAAAUUUAAUUAGUUAAAAAAAUUAAGUAUUAGGAUAUAUUACUUUUUAAUAAAUAGAAUUAUUUGCAAGAAAUAAAGUACUUCACAUUAUUAUUGUAUUA